AUGGCCGACAUCGACAUCAUCGAGAAGGCUUCAAAUGUCGAAGUCCUGCAUGACUUUGGCGCGCUCAAUACGUUACUCUUUGUCACGAUCUUGGGCAUGUGCAUCGUGUGCGCGUAUUUGAUCAAGGAGUACAAGUUCUACUACUUGCCGGAAUCUGGCGCCGCGAUGAUUGUUGGGUUGAUCGUCGGUGCUUGUGCGAGAGUUUUCUUCCCCAGUCGAAAAGAGAUGGACUUCUUGCGGUUCAAGAAACUGCUCUUCUAUUUCUUCCUACUGCCUCCGAUAAUCUUCGAGGCUGGGUAUUCGCUGCAUCGAAAACGAUUUUUCAACAACUUCAUGACGAUUUUGCUGUAUGCUGUCGUCGGCACGAUGAUCUCGACCUUUGUCGUCGGCUUCCUGACGUUUUACGCGGGGAAGAUGGAUUGGAUUGCCAUCGAUUCGUCCAACCCGUUGGAGGCGCUACUUUUUGGCGCGCUCAUCUCGGCCGUCGACCCCGUGGCAACAUUGUCUAUUCUGGGUAACCCCGAGCUCAACUUGGAUCCUCUUUUGUACAGUCUCGUGUUUGGAGAGAGCGUCCUCAACGACGCCGUGUCCAUCGUACUCUUCAACACAUUUCUCAAGUUUGAAGAAUCGGGCAAAGAAUUCUCGUAUGGCGCGAUAUGGAUGCUGCUGAUCGAGUUUACCGUCAUCUCGUUGGAAUCUGUCGUGGUUGGCUUUGUCACGGGAUUGGGCUGCGCGCUCCUGUGCAAAAACACCAACCUGAAAAAGUACCCCAAGUACGAGAUUACGAUGCUGUUUCUGUUUGCGUACGGGUCGUACUCGCUGGCAGAAGUGAUGAAGUUGUCUGGAAUCAUGUCGCUCUUCUUCUGCGGGAUUACCAUGGCCCACUACAACACGACGAACCUCUCGACGACGUCCCAGAUUACGUCCGAGUCAAUUUUCCAGAGCUUUGCGCUCGUCGCGGAAUUCUUUGUUUUUCUUUACAUGGGGAUGGGCAUUUGUGUGGGCCAGUUUGGUCGAUGGGACGUCAAGUUUAUGGUGCUCGCCAUCGUGUUUUGUCUCGUUGCACGGCUCUUCAACAUUUUCCCCCUCAGUUGGCUGGCCAACUGCCAGCGCAAAGAAAAGGUCACUGGCCAGAUGCAAGUCGUGCUCUGGUUUGCCGGACUGCGCGGUGCGAUUGCGUUUGCUUUGUCACAAGAUAUGCCGGGGGCGAAUCGAGAUUUGUACACGACAACAACGCUGUCGGUUGUGAUCUUCACCACCAUCGUGUGCGGUGGGCUCACCGAGCCCUUGCUCAAGAAAACCAAGCUUAAAGUACGUGGCAACAUGGACAUGGGCGACCAUGAAGAUGAGGAAUACGGACUGAUUGCGCCAUCUGCGUCCGAUCACUGCCAUGGAAGCGACUCCCCAAAUACUGCAGCCAUGUCGCCGUCGAUGCGCCUGCGCCGCUUGUCUGUCGAGUCGGAGCUCAGUUACGUCGAGUCGUUUUGGGGCAACGUCGAUGAAAAGUACAUGAAGCCAGUGUUUGGUGGGGCCCCUCGUCGAUUGUCCAGGAACGUCCACAGUGCGAGCUCGCCACUGACAGACGGCGCCGCGACCACCUCGUCCACAUCGCCAAUUCAGUAG